GUUAUCACAGAAGAGUGUUUGAAGAUGCAUUAGAAGACCACUCUACAGAACAAGUCUCAGGUCUGCUACUUCUCCAUUCCAACUAUAUUUGUCAUGUUGUAGAGUCUUGCAGUAGCACCAUCCAUCUGAUCAUCCAAGAUUUAGCUUCUCUCCAAAGUCAAGGUCAUAGGGCUUUACUCCAGGAAAUUAAAGUUUUAGUGGUGGCACAUAACAUCCCCACCAGACUGUUCCCGGACUGGUAUGUGGCAAUAGCAACAUCUCCCGUGACAUGUCCACAAGGCCAGACACAAUCACAGUCUACAGCAGAGGCGGUCACAGAGUGCCUCACCCUCCUCCUCAAACUGGCAGCCUGCAUGCAGAGUGUCGAGGAUGACGAGGAUACGAAUGAGAGUGUACACACACUUGCACCUGAGCUGCUAAUCCCGGCAGAGACAAUUAACUAUUUGCAUAAUGCUGAAGAAUGUGCAAGUCCAGAAGAUUUUCUGAGAAUUUAUUUAAGCCCUUCACAGCCUGCCCUGGAUUCAGGUACACUGCAUACAGCUUGA